AUGUUUAAGUGGGCGCAGCAGCAGCUCGCCAAUGUCGCUGGCACACAAGAGCCGAUCUACGGCCCCGAGGCCAUCAAGUCGGUCGCCGUUGAAGCUGAGACUACACCCUACACCGAGCUUACUCGGGACGACCUAAAAUGGGAGGUUAUGGAGUCAACCUCGGUUGAGACUCAGACCUUCUACUUCAUAGCCGACAACGGGAAGUUGGCGUUUGCCCAGGUCAUCUAUAGUAACGUGGCCGGCAUCCGAACCACCGCCCAGUUCAACCUCAAGAUCUUCAGCCUCGACGGCACAACGCCUCACCUAUGGUCCUCGACGCCCCUGAGCAACCCCGACUUUACAGAGGACAAGACCGGCUUUUACGCUGACGAUUGCGCCAUUGAGCUGUCUGAGGAUGGCACCACAUUGACAAUCAAGUCCAUGGCCGACCAGCAAGCGAUCACCAACCUCACCGUCAAGCGGGUAGCGCCGGGAUUUAAAGCAGGCAAGACCGGUAACACUCUUUUUGGUACCGACCUAGCCAACCCAUGGGGCACCAUGCGCCACGUCUUCUGGCCGAGGUGCACAGCUGAGGGAACGGUCAUGACUAAGGACGGCCCCAUCGACUUGAAGGGCAAGGCUCUCUUCGCCCACGCGCUGCAAGGCAUGAAGCCGCACCACGCGGCGGCCAAGUGGAAUUUCUGCAACUUCCAGGGCCCAACUCACUCAGCCAUCCUCAUGCAGUUCACCACGCCACCGUCGUACGGCUCUACCGUGGUAAACGUGGGCGUCAUCGCCAAGGACGGAGAGAUCAUCGUCGGUGGCUGCAAAAGCAACGCGACACACCUUGAAACCAAGAGCGACGGCGAAAAUGACUGGCCCGAACCGACGACGGUCAAGUAUACAUGGACCGGCGAGACUAAGGACAAGAAGCCGGUGGACGCUUUCAUCGAAGGCAACUUGGAGGAUAGGCUUGACAGGAUAGACGUUAUGGCCGAGGUUCCCGGUUUCGUCAAGAAGAUCGUAGCAGGUGCCUCGGGCACGAAGCCAUACAUCUACCAGUAUGCGCCGCAAAAGUCGAAAAUAUCAUUGAAACUUAAGAUUGGCGACGAGGAAGUUACGGAAGAGGGCUUCCUUUUCAGCGAAGCGACGUUCAUCUCCGAAUAG